CGCCGCGCAGCUAACGGAGCCGCGGAGCCAGCGCUGUCCCUGCGCCCGGCCCCGGCCCGGUCCCGGCCCGCGGCCUGUCCCUCAUGGCGCUGCUCCGACGCCCGGCGGUGUCCAAUGAUUUGGAGAAUAUUGACACAGGAGCUAAUUCUAAAGCGAAGAGUCAUGUGACUACCAGGCGAGCAGUUUUAGAAGAAAUUGGAAACAGAGUUACCACCAGAGGAGCUCAAGUAGCUAAGAAGGCUCAGGACUCCAGAGCACCAGUUCAGCCCGCCAAAGCGACGAAUGUCAGCAAACAGCUGAAGCCUACUGCUUCCGUGAAACCGGUCCAGAUGGAAAUGCUGGCUCCAAAGGGUCCUUCUCCCAGCCCCGAGGACGUCUCCAUGAAGGAGGAGAACCUCUGCCAAGCCUUCUCUGAUGCUCUGCUCUGCAAAAUCGAGGACAUUGACACUGAAGACUGGGAGAACCCGCAGCUGUGCAGCGACUAUGUCAAGGACAUCUACCAGUAUCUGCGGCAGCUUGAGGCCCUGCAGUCCAUCAGCCCCCAUUUCCUGGACGGCAGAGACAUAAAUGGACGCAUGCGCGCCAUCCUGGUGGACUGGCUGGUCCAGGUGCACUCCAAGUUCAGGCUCCUGCAGGAGACUCUCUACAUGUGUGUGGCCAUCAUGGAUCGCUUCUUACAGGUUCAGCCAGUCUCGCGCAAGAAGCUCCAGCUGGUGGGGAUCACCGCUUUGCUCCUGGCUUCCAAGUACGAGGAGAUGUUUUCUCCAAAUAUUGAAGACUUUGUGUACAUCACUGACAAUGCUUAUACCAGCGCCCAGAUCCGAGAAAUGGAGACGCUCAUCUUGAAAGAGCUGAAGUUCGAGUUGGGCCGCCCCUUGCCCCUGCAUUUCUUAAGGCGGGCGUCGAAGGCUGGGGAGGUGGACGUGGAGCAGCACACCUUAGCCAAGUAUCUAAUGGAGCUGACGCUCACUGACUACGACAUGGUGCACUACCAUCCUUCCAAGCUGGCCGCGGCUGCCUCCUGCUUGUCUCAGAAGGUCCUGGGCCAAGGAAAAUGGAACUUAAAGCAGCAGUACUACACGGGCUACUCAGAGGGCGAGGUGUUGGAAGUCAUGCAGCACAUGGCCAAAAAUGUGGUGAAAGUCAACGAAAACUUGACCAAAUUCAUUGCCAUCAAGAAUAAGUACGCCAGCGGCAAACUCCUGAAGAUCAGCACCAUUCCACAGCUGAACUCCAGGGCCGUCAGGGACCUCGCCUCCCCGCUGAUGGCCAAGCCCUGAGCUGCUGGGCUGCACCCGCACUUGGGUUUUUCUUCCAUCCUUUUCUUUCUUCUCUUCUCUUUUCUUUUUUUCUUUUAUUUUUUAUUGGCUAGGAACUCUCAAUUUGUAAGUAGUCCUCUGGUCUUUCAUGCAAUGUCUUCUCAGACUAUUUUUCUAAAUAUACACUAAAAAU